AGCAGGGAUACAUACAUGAUGAACCUGAACGCAGGAGAAUGCCAAGUGGUUAAUACGGAGGGUAUUGUGCUAUUACAUCAGUGUGAUUAAGCUUCACCGAAUGUCACAUGUAAUACGGUGGCACAGACAUUUAUAUGCUGGCCGGACACGAUUACUCAAGGGAACCUGUUUCACAGCUAGAAGACCGUGCGUAUAAGCCUUGCUGAUGAUAUCUAUAGUUUAGCAGUCCAUUCGCUGAAACAUGGCUGCUUAUUGAGUGAUCAAAUAUGUCAGGAACGGCAACAUGAAAGAUCCUAUAGGUUCCGAGAAGACAAGCAAUACCGCACUCUUUGCAGCCAUUCCCGCCAAUACUCCCCCAGGCCAGCUGACUGCUCCUCCACAGCGAGAGAACAAGCCGUAUCCUGCCAAGCCCUACAUGAAUAGUGACGCACGUGUAACCACCGGAUAAUACAUUAGGAAGGUGAAAGUAGUGGGAUGAUGGCUCGGGAGCGUUCCUUAAUCUGAACGGGACACAGUUGCGUUGUCUGAAUAGUAUGCAAUCGGCAUUGAGACUGUCAACUGCCAAGGAGCAUAUACGAGUCUGUACAACACAAUCACUUCCGUGUAUCGCAGGGAACAAGGCCAGCCUCACCCAGAAAGAGCUUAAAUCAGAUCGAAAAAGCUAAUUAGAUAUGAUAAACUAUGUCAUAAAUAGUCUCAUAUUGUUC